UUCAGUUGUACAAGGUCAAAUCUUAAUUUAACCACCAACUGGAUACUUAAUUUUAGAUACACAGAGGAACACAUUGGCUCCAAGGCACUUCCUCUGGUUUAGGAAGGCAAGGCCCUGGAAAAGGAUGACAAGAUGAUCAUUCCAAAAGGACAAGUCCUAAUGAUUCUUCUUGAGACCUUCAAUAGAUGAGUUUCUCAUUCAAAAACUUCAGCUAUUUCAAGUCAUGGAAACUAACGAUGACUCCGAUGAAGACCAUCUUACAAGUUAUGAUAUUCAGCUCAGUAUUCAAGAAUCCAUCGAAGCCAGCAAGUCUGAACUUUAUCCUGAAAGGUUUGUACCAUUAAGUGAUCAAAACAGAAAACUUAUUGAGGCCAUCAAGCAAGGUCACAUUCUUGAGCUCCAGGAAUAUGUGAAAUAUAAAUAUGCAUUGGACGAAGCAGAUGAGAAAGGACGGCUUCCAUUGCAUAUGGCUGUCAUUCAACCCAUUCAACAAAUACUUGAAAUUGUUUUGGAUGCGUCCUAUAAGACACUCUGGGAAUUCAAGACUGCUGAUGGAGAAACACCUUUGACUUUGGCUGUUAAAGCAGAUCUGGUGGAAAAUGUAAGAACUUUACUAGAAAAAGGAAUGAGGCCAAACACCAAAAAUGACAAAGGAGAGACACCUCUUCUGAUUGCUGUGAAAAAGGGCUCCUAUGAUAUGGUGUCUGCUCUGAUUAAACACAACACCAAUCUUGACCAGCCCUGUGUCAAGCGAUGGUCAGCAAUGCAUGAAGCCGCCAAACAGGGUCGCAAAGAUAUUGUGGCUCUGCUGUUGGGCCAUGGAGGCAAUGUUCACCUGAGAGAUGGCUUUGGAGUCACACCAUUGGGUGUUGCUGCUGAGUAUGGUCACUGUGAUGUGUUGGAACACCUAAUCCACAAAGGUGGUGAUGUGUUUGCUUUGGCAGAUGAUGGGGCAUCUGUUUUGUUUGAAGCAGCAGGAGGAGGCAAUCCUGACUGCAUAUCCCUCCUACUGGAAUAUGGAGGGAGUGGAAAUGUACCAAAUAGAGCAGGGCACCUUCCUAUUCACCGAGCUGCCUAUGAGGGACAUUAUCUUGCACUGAAAUUUCUUAUUCCAGUAACAUCCAAACAUGCAAUCAAGAAAAGUGGGUUAACACCAAUUCAUUCAGCAGCAGAUGGACAAAACGCACAGUGCCUAGAGCUGCUCAUUGAAAAUGGUUUUGAUGUUGAUACCCUCCUAGCUGACCACAUCUCUGAGAACUAUGACGAUGGGAGGAAGACUGCACUGUACUUUGCUGUUUCUAAUAAUGAUAUCCACUGCACUGAAGUCCUUCUGGCUGCUGGUGCAGACCCAAACCUAGAUCCCCUAAACUGUCUACUUGUGGCAGUAAGGGCCAACAAUCAUGAAAUUGUCCGACUGCUUCUCUCCCAUGGAGCGAAUGUCAAUUGUUAUUUUAUGCAUGUGCAUGACACUCGCUUCCCUAGUGCCAUUCAGUACGCCCUAAAUGACGAGGUGAUGUUGAGGAUGUUGUUGAAUAACGGCUAUCAAGUGGAGAUGUGCUUUGAUUGUAUGCAUGGAGACAUCUUCGGAAAUUCAUUUGCGUGGUCUGAGAUAGAGGAAGAGGUGUUGCCUGGAUGGACAUCUUGUGUAAUAAAAGACAACCCAUUCUGUGAAUUUAUUACAGUUCCUUGGAUGAAGCAUUUGGUAGGGAGCGUUAUUCGAGUAUUAAUAGAUUACAUGGAUUAUAUCCCUCUGUGUGCUAAACUGAAGUCUGCACUAGAAGUGCAAAGAGAAUGGCCAGAAAUCCGUCAAAUACUAGAGAAUCCUUGCUCAUUAAAACAUUUGUGUCGGUUAAAAAUUCGAAGACUUAUGGGACUCCAGCGACUCUGCCAGCCAGCCUCAAUGGAGAAGCUCCCUCUACCACCAGCUAUUCAACAAUACAUCUUAUUUAAAGACUAUGAUCUCUAUGGGCAAGAACUAAAGUUACCAUAAUUUUAAGCUGACAAUUCAAAAUGUGAUUUUAAAAUAUUUUAAAAUGGGGUUUCCUUAGAAACUGUUUUGGAACAGUUUACAUACAUAAGUAUAUCUAAAGUCACUGACAACUUCACAAGUAGAUGGUAUAUUCUUGGAACACCAUCAUUUUACAUCUGUAAAGGUCAUUAUAUGUGAUUAUUUCUUAAUUUAGUCUAUAUUUUGUAUUUGAAUUUUGAUUAUCUUCCCUUGGAACAAGUCUUCAAACUCUCCCUGUUAAGAGGCUCCUGUUAAGAGUGUUCAGAGGGGGAUCGGGCUGUAGCGCAGUGGGUUAAGCGCAG